GGCUGCACGGCCUCAGGACUGUGACAUUAGAUUUCAUCCAGCCUGUGUGUGUCUCUGAGACAGAAAAAAGCUCCGGCCAUCUCUGCACAGCUCUCACAAUGAACAGUGCAAUGAAUGGGAAUGAAGAGCACGCUCUUCAUGACUUCAUGUUCACCUCUGAGUCUGUGGGAGAGGGACAUCCUGAUAAGAUAUGUGACCAGAUCAGUGAUGCUGUGUUGGAUGCUCACCUGAGCCAAGACCCUGACGCUAAGGUGGCUUGUGAGACGGUGUGUAAGACGGGGAUGGUGCUGCUCUGUGGGGAGAUCACGUCUCGAGCCAGCGUGGACUACCACAGGGUGGUGAGAGAAGUCAUCCAACAUAUCGGUUAUGAUGACUCGCAAAAAGGAUUUGAUUAUAAGACUUGUAAUGUGCUGGUAGCCCUGGAGCAGCAGUCACCUGACAUCGCUCAGGGAGUUCAUAUCGAUCGCACAGAGAGCGACAUAGGAGCAGGAGACCAGGGUCUGAUGUUUGGAUAUGCCACAGAUGAGACAGAGGAGUGCAUGCCCCUCACCAUAGUCCUUGCCCACAAACUCAAUGCUAAGAUGGCUGAACUGAGACGAACUGGGAUGGUCCCCUGGCUCCGCCCAGACUCCAAGACACAGGUGACAGUUCAUUACACACAGGAAGGGGGCGCUGUGGUCCCCAAAAGAGUGCACACUGUGGUGAUCUCCGUGCAGCACGAUGAUAAUGUGAGCCUGGAGGAGCAGAAGAAGGUCCUGAAGGAGAAGGUCAUCAAAGCUGUGGUGCCUUCACGGUACCUGGAUGAAGACACCAUCUAUCACCUGCAGCCCAGCGGACGCUUUGUGAUCGGCGGGCCGCAGGGUGAUGCAGGAGUGACAGGCAGGAAGAUCAUCGUUGACACAUAUGGUGGUUGGGGGGCCCAUGGGGGUGGAGCUUUCUCUGGGAAGGACUACACCAAGGUGGACCGUUCUGCUGCUUACGCUGCCCGCUGGGUGGCAAAAUCUCUGGUGAAAGCUCAGCUGUGCAGGAGGGUGCUGGUGCAGGUGGCGUAUGCGAUCGGAGUGGCCCACCCCCUCUCCAUCUCCCUGUUCACCUACGGCUCCUCUCCAAAGACCGAGAAGGAGCUGCUGCAGAUUGUCAAUAAAAACUUUGACCUCAGACCUGGAGUCAUAGUCAGAGACCUGGACCUUAAGAGACCGAUCUACCAGAAGACGGCAUGCUACGGACACUUUGGCAGGAAGGAGUUCCCCUGGGAGGUCCCGAAGAACCUCAAUUACUAGUGUGUGUAUGAGAGAGUGUGACUGACUCAGAAACAGCUGUCUUAAUGUAACCCAGUAAGAGUGAGGCAGCUGCCAGUGGUCAGGGGCGGCAGAAGGGUGGGGUUACACAGUCCUUCCUCAUUGGUCUGAGUCAGAGGUGUGUUUGGGCUGGAGGCGUUUCAGCUCUUUAUGGCAUAGCCCCUAAAUAGCAGCCUGAAAUAUGAGAGAUUUUUACACGUUACCACAAAAAAAAAAAAAAACAGUAAAAAAUGAGUGGAUGACCAAAUUUGAAAGGAGAAUAACCUGAAUCACUGUGAUGUCUUUGGACCUUCAGUGUGUUCUCAUAGAGCUGGUGGAGCUUCUGCAUGACUUUUCAUUUUUCUCAGUCACUUUGGCCCAAAUCUUAAACUCCAUAUUCCAGGGAAAUCUUUCACAAACUGACGCAGACACUUUUUCAUGAUCAUUUCAGUGAAAACCUUUUUGAAACCUUUUUGAAUGAUCUUGACACGUACAACAAGUUUCACUUAAAUAAAAAGGAAAUAAACAUGUCUACCAAAGAGCUUUGAUGGCAUGGAAGUGGGCACAAAGUGCCUUCAAGACAGCGAGAAGGGCAUCACAGUCUGAGUUUGUCCAAAUUGACUCAGAACUUCUUUAUACCACAUAUAAAGAAGCGCUGUAGGUGCAGGUGCUCCUCACUGCUUAUCUUUCAACUCUAAGAAGCUGCUGCUUGGCUGUGGCGUCCAUCACUUGGAAAACAUAGAAAUCAUUUUGAUGAGAAUUUGUGCCCAAAGUGUCAGAAGUGCCACAAUUUCCUGUGGUUCCCUGUAGGUCAUGCAUGCCGAGAUGCAGGCUGAUGGUCCUUGGAUCUCGGACCCAGUCUUUAGUUUCCUCGUGAAUCUUUAGUUUUUAUAAUACACAGUUUGGUAUUUUUCUUAUUUUAGUCUUUCUUUAUAUUCUCAGGUUUUGGUUUCAUGCUUUCGGUGUGCUGUAGUACCUGCUUUAGUCUCCAUCUCUCUGUCUUUGUAUCAGGUUAGUUGUGAUUUCCCCGUUCCUCUGGCGCCCCUCCUGGUUUAUGUGGGUAAUGUUUUUGUUUCUAUAUCUCGUCUAAGUUUACUUCCUGUGUCUCGUUAUCCCUGAUUUGUGUCUCCCACCUAUUUGCCCCUCACAUCAUUGUCUUGUGUAUAUUUACACCUCAGUUCUCCCCUUUGUCACGUCCUCCCUCAAUGCCGUGUUUCCUGAGAUUCCUAGUUUGAAUUCCUGGCUCCAGCUCUACUGUUUGCUUUGUAUUUUUGCAUUAUAAAAGAUUUCAGCAUUAAAACUUUUCUUUGAGUUCAUGUUCUGUCUCCUGAUUCCUGCAUGUCGGGUCCUGCCUGCCCCACAGCUGCACGAGAGUCCACCUCUUCUGUUCUUUGCUGUGUAAAGUUUAUUCUUUCUGUGUGUUUACUGCAGCUGUAGUUUGGUAAACAUGUAACUGUCAGUUUAUGGAGAGUAAUACACAGCAGCAGGUAGUUCACCUCAGAAAACUGUAUUCAUGAGUAAUAGUGUGGGGUAGAAGCAGCCCUCUGCAGGUAUCUGUGAUGCUUUGCUGCUGUUUUUGGUGCUGAGAGAAAAACUGCCACAACCUGAAGCUUUUCACCAUCCUGCUGUUUGUACUUUGAGGAGUUUAUCCAGUAUUUUCUAUGCCUGGAGUUUGACUUCAGUGCGAAAUCAAACCUACUCCAUACCCAGCACCUGUUUCAGUUUUUCUCUGAGGUCCAACAGUCACAAAGCAAACACAGAUAUGAUCUCACAGCCCAGUGUUUUAAAAAUUACAUCAAAGAAAACCAGUGUUUCUUUUGCUGCAUGCAAUUUAAAAUUUACCCUUCAUGUGUUCAUGUGUGAUAUGGCUGCAGACAUUAAAGGUGCUCUCUGUGUUUCAAUUUUUAAUAAGUAAAUCAAAGUAAAUAUAUUUCUAAUAUGAAGUUUUUAUCAGGUUUUAUGCAAAUAGAUAUAAAAUUCCGUUUUUAAUUAAAGAUGACCAAAGAUCAAAUAAAAAUGUCCCACAGAGGCUUCACAUGUUACUCUUAAAGUGUAAAACUGGAUUUGUUUUGUUUGCAGUGUACAUACCAGAAGUUAUGCUGGAUUGUUGUAGUUCUUCACUUUUCAGUUUAGUGUUUUUCUCAGAGAGGAUUGCAGUGUCUUUGUUUGGCCACCAUGUGGCGCCAGAGGAGCUCCAGUGCAUGCUGGUUUGAGCUCUGCUGGAGGGUGGAUCACAGGUCUAACCUCAGGUCACAGGAUAUGAUUUUCAUCCUCUGCAGAGGAGCAGCUUCACCCAGGAAGUGAACCAUCAUGAUAAAAAUGCAGAAAUAU